AUGGGAAGAAGACCAGCAAGGUGUUAUAGGUACUGUAAAAAUAAACCCUACCCAAAGAGUCGUUACUGUAGAGGUGUUCCUGACCCUAAGAUAAGAAUUUAUGAUAUGGGUAGAAAGAAAGCUGAUGUUAAUGAAUUUAGUGGUGUAGUACAUUUAGUUUCUUACGAAUAUGAACAGAUAUCAUCUGAAGCUUUAGAAGCUGCACGUAUUAGUGCUAACAAAUAUAUGAUUACUAAUUGUGGUAAAGAUAAUUUCCAUUUAAGAGUAAGAAUACAUCCUUUCCACGUUUUAAGAAUUAAUAAGAUGUUGUCAUGUGCAGGAGCUGAUAGACUUCAAACUGGUAUGAGAGGAGCAUUUGGUAAACCAAAUGGUGUUGUUGCUAGAGUUGAUAUUGGUCAAGUGUUACUUUCUAUUAGAACUAAAGAAAAUUUUGUUAGCAAAGCUUGUGAAGCCUUAAGAAGAGCUAAAUAUAAGUUCCCAGGAAGACAAAAAGUUUUUGUUAGUAAUAAAUGGGGAUUUACACCAUUCUCUAAAGAUGAAUAUCAACAAUAUAAAAAAAAAGGAAGAAUUAUUUCAGAUGGUGUCAGUUGUAAAUUUAUUAGAGAAAAAGGACCACUAGAUAAAAUAUACAAAGAUAUUAACACUGUAUUGGAAUCAUAA